UUUCAGUCUAUUUCUAUUGUUCUAUAAUCCCAUUCACAAUGAGACGAUGGCUCCUAGGAAACCAAGUUCCCAGGCAACACUAAUCUAGGUCAGCAGCGGGCAGUGAUAGUGAUAGUGAUGUCAGCUGGAAGCACGGUCGAGGUUGUUCAGACUGCUGGGGAGCUGCAAGGUGAAGCUCAUGCCUGCAUAGACUCUCCAAAAGCCAGAGAAGAUCAGCAGGGGGAGGCUGAGGAUGAAGAGCAGGGACACCUGCCAGCCGUUCUGGAAGAGACAGUGAUACUGGAGUCUGUGGGCAAAGAUAAACAGCACCAGAGGACGGAGGUGGAGAGGUCUCUCGGGAGAAGACAGGAUGCUCAGGGGAUGAACAGAGAACAGGUGAUCCAGGCAGAUGGCGCUGCAGCAGACUCUCACAGUGUGUGUGUAAGUGAGAAGCCUCAAGCAAAGCAUCAGGGACGCUCUGUACAAACACACAAUCCACAGAGGAACAGUAAGCAGAGUCCAGAAAAGCCACCGAGACUUGGACCCUUCUUCUAUUUUGGAGGCAGAAACGGGGCCUCCAUAGUUGUUCCAUACUGUGAGAGGAAAGGCUGGAAGCGAAUUUGUGACCAAACCCGGCUGGACUACAAACUGAAAUGGUGCGAAAUGAGAUCUUCAAACACAUACUACCACUUUAGAGAAGGAGAGCAGAUGGUCUAUCAGAUCCCAAACAACAGAGUGCUGACCACCAAAAUAGGUCUUCUAAACAGUCUCAGAGAGUAUGACAGAGUCAGCAGCAAGAUCAACCAUGGAAGGGGACAAAGGAAAAUGACGAUGGGCGAGUUUUUUCCAGAAACAUUUCGAAUGGAUGUAGAAGAUGAGAAGGAAGCUUUCUUUUCCCAGCAAGAGGGAUUAUGUGCUGACAAAAACAACAUAUGGAUCUGCAAACCAACCGGAUUGAACCAGGGCAAAGGCAUCUUCCUUCUGCUCACUCCAGAUGAUAUUGCAGCCUUCAGAGGCAGGAUGCAGAUGUUAGCAGACAGCCAUACAAACAAGCAGAGUCCCCUUAGUAACUCACAAGCAAUGAUUGCUCAAAGGUACAUCCAAAACCCUUUGCUCCUAAAGGGCAAAAAAUUCGAUGUAAGGUCGUACUUUCUGAUCGCCUGCACCUCACCGUACAUGGUGUUCUUUCGUCACGGUUAUGCUCGGCUGACCUGUGACCUUUAUGACCCCAAGUCCAACAACCUCACUGCACACCUGACCAACCAAUAUAUGCAGAAGAAGAAUCCUCUGUACAGUGUCCUAAAAGAGGAGACAGUCUGGUCCAUGGAGCACUUCAACAGCUACAUUAAUGAGAAGUUCAUGGUGGCUAAGGGUCUGCCGAGAGAUUGGGUUUUGAGUGUUUUUACAAAGAGAAUGCAGCAGAUAAUGAUUCACUGCUUUCUGGCUGUCAAAUCAAAGCUGGAGUGUAAACUGGGCUACUUCGAUCUGAUUGGCUGUGACUUUAUGAUUGAUGAGGACUUCAAGGUCUGGUUGCUAGAGAUGAACUGUAAUCCUGCUCUUCACACUAAUUGUGAAGUGCUGAAAGAGGUGGUUCCCAGCACGGUCAUGGAAACUCUGGACCUGGUCAUUGAGAUCUUCAAUAAAUGCCGUUGUGGCCUGAAGCUGUUGCCCCUGAACAGCCAGAAGGAUUUUGUGUUACUGCAUUGUGGUGAUACUACGGGCGUGUCCUUCACCAAACAGAGGAACGGAACAGCAGGAUGUCCCAGGACAGCGUGCUUGGAAAGCCGAUCCAGCUAUAAGAAAACAUAGCAAAUGUUAAACAUUUUGGGCUGUACCUUUACGUCAAAUAUGUGCCCCUACCUGCCUUCCUACUUUGACGAAUUCAUCCAACUCUCCAGAUGAUUUCAUUCAUACCAGGUCAUCAGCAAAAUUUAACUAACGAACAAGCAACCUCAUUCACCUGAGCCCGCCAUCUUGCACCUUUAACAGGAUCCCCAUUUCUGCAGUCCUCCCCAGUUACUGAUCAUGACUCAUCAUGACUCACCUUAGAAACAAACAGCCCAUAAUACUUUCAGUAUAAAACCUCCAGAACCAAAGCUAGAUGCUAUCUGAAAAAAGCCACACAUUUCCGUACACAUGUGAAGUACAACUGGCAGCAACCUAAAGUGACUUAAAUUUUUGGGCUGCAUCAAGCAAAGAAAACAACGAGGGAGAUUUGAAAUCACUGGAACUGAAUUAAAAACACUUUAAAGCAUUAUCAAAACCUGAAAAGAUAUUUGCUCAGCCGUCAACUUCAAACAAUAAAAACACUGGAAUGAAAUGUAGAUGAUUGGAGAUCGCUUGAACACUUGGUGAAGUUGCAUGAAAAUAAAUAACAGUAUGUUUCAUAGUGAAAGUAAGAGCAUUUCCACAUGCACACAAUUUGAUAAGAACUCAUAGGGUUGGUAUUAAACAGCUGUGCGUUCAUAAGAAAAUAACUUUUUAGUGGGACUCAUAAAAAAAAAAAGGCUUCUUUUUUUUUUAGGGAACGACACAAGAUUGGACUUUGGAGCAAUGGAAAAGGGUCAUAUGGCCUGAUGAGUUCAGACUGACCCUAUCCAGUAAUGGAAAGAUGUGAUCUUUCCAUUUUAAUAGUAUUUGUUGAGUAAAAGGAUUAUACGAAACUAAAGAUAUAAGUUUUUUCUCCAUUUUUGUGCAUCAAAAUGUCAAUGGGAACUAAUUGCAGGUAGGAAGUAAAGUUGUGUGAGGGGAACUGAAAAAAUGUGAAAACACACACAUCAUAGGAUGUGCAUACAGUGGGUCUUAGGAAUCAUUUAAUCCAGUGCCAUGUCAAAAAUGUUAGCUGCUUUGUCACUUGUGUGAAUGUGAGAUUUUUUUUUUUUAUGUUUUAAUAAAAUUUAGUUUCGGUGAAACUAUCUAAACCU